AUGCCACCUGGGCGAAUUAAGGUGGUCAGGGCAUCGCGGGACGGUCCCGGUACCAGCCUACCAGACUCUGAUUGGCUGACAAAUCCGUCGUUUUCCGCGAAGCUUCUCCCGGCUGCAGAGGCCGCUCGGCGCGCAGCGGAAGGGCGGAGAGAUGGGGUUGAAGGGGAUGAGGGGAGUGAGGGGGAAGGUGAGGAGGAGGAAGAGGGCGAGGAGGGAGAGGAGGAAGGAGAGCAAGUGGGGGAAGGUGGGGAAGGAGUGGGAGAAGCAGAUGGGAGGAGGAAGAGGAGGGUCAAGGAAAGCGGCGGUAUUCCCGAGGGUGGGAGAGGGACGGGGGAACUGGAUGACAGUGAUUACAGCGAAGGGGACAAGAGGGAUGGGGUUCGGGGUGUGAGUGUAUCUGAAAGGGAGGAUAGUGAGGGUACAAGGAGGAAGAAGAAGAGAAGGGAGGAGAAGGAGAAGGAGCGGAAGGAGAAGGAAAAGGAGAGGAAGGAGAAGCGGGAGAAAAAGUGCAGGCAUGAGAAGAAGCGAAGAAAGAAGAGGAAGGGAGGGAAGGGGAGUUCUUCUAGUGACAGUUCCGGGAGUGACAGUAGCGAAAGUGGUGAUUCUAGCGAGAGUGAGAACGAGGAGGAGAGGAGGGAGAGGAGGAGGAGGCGCAGGAAGAGAAAGGAAGAGGAGAAGAGGAGGAGGAAGGGGAACAGGGAGGCGGAGAAAGUCCAAAGAAUGGUGGCGGGGAGUGAGGGGGGGAGGCACGCAGGAGGGGUGGGCAUGGGCAUGGGGAUGGGAAUGGGGAUGGGUGGGAUGGGCGUGAGAGGAGGGGUGGUAGGAGCUGCCGGUGCAGGAGGGAAAGAGUAUGUGAUUGAUGCUAAGGGCGACCGGGAUAACUACGCCUUUGGCUCGCUUUACAGAGGAAGGGUGAUAGGGGCCGGUGGUGCAGGGGGUAGGGAGUAUGUGAUCUUUGCUAAGGGCGACCGGGACAACUACGCCUUUGGCUCGCUGUACCGGUUGAAUGUCGCGCGCUAUAUCGCCCAUCCCACAGCCGCCACAUCGUCUACCCACGCCGCCUCCCCCUGGGCUCUCGCCUUUGGUGCUGCCGGCUCCGCCUCCCCCAUCCCUGUCCUCCGCGCCCCUGCCUGGUGUGGCCUCAAGCCUUCCCAGCACACAAAGAGCGCGGGAGGAGGGGGGAGCGGGGCUAGUAGGUUGGAAGGUGCGGAUCUAGGGUUUGGGAUGCGGAGUUUGAUGGAGCCUGAGUGGGAUACGGCUAUGGGGUCUGUCACUGCUGCUUUUGCUGCACAGGGGGGAGGGGGGGAUGGGGGGGGAGCGGGGGAGGGGAAGAGGGGAAAGGGGGGGAGGCCUUCUGGGAUUGGAGCUUCGGCGGCCAAUCGGUAUUGGUCGCCCUGGAAUGCCGUUUUCGAACGGAGCAAGGAGGUUCGGAGGCUCACAGCUGCUGCUGCUAGAAAGCAGCAGGGAGAAGGGGGGAGAGGGGGUGGUGAGGAGGGGGUGUUGGGUGUGGGAGGAAAGGAGGAGGAGGGGGAGGAAGAGGGGGAGACGUGGGAUGAGUACGUGUUUCGCCGGACAAGAGAGUUUAACGAGGACACGAGGCGCCACCCGCUGGACGAGCAGCUGUGGCUGCGUUUUGUCUCUUUCCAGGACGAGGCGGCGACAGGCGGCGGCGGCGGGCGGCACCGGGCGGCGGUGCUGCGGCAGGUGGUGGAGAAGAAGGUGGCAGUGUUGGAGCGAGCGCUGCAGCACGUGGCAGACAGCGAGGCAGUGGCUCUCACUUAUCUUCACACAUGCAACGGACGAGAUGACGCCGCCACACUAGACGCCAAGUGGCGAAGCGCCAUUGGCCGCAGCCCUGGCAGUGCGAACCUCUGGAGGGGCUACAUUCGGUGGCAGAAGGGGCAGUUUGCAACAUUCACUGUGGGGAAGAUGAGGGAAAGUUUGAUUGCAGCGAUCCGUGCCCUGGUGGGACGCAGGAACCAGGUGUGGCGCGAGCUCCAACAGAGGCCCAGCGACCCAAUCAAAACACGCCAGCUGGCAGCGUCAGAGGUCGCAGCAGUGGACAUGCUGGUGGACUCGUGCCGCUUCGAGCACCAAUCAGGGCACGCUGAGCUGGCAGUGGCGCUGCUGCAGGCCGAGACGGAGUACGCCGUCCGGCCGCCGCCCCUGCCCUUGUCCUUUUCUGAGGGUAGCAAGCUGCGGCUGUUUCAGGCGUUUUGGGAGGGUGGAGGGGAGAGAGUGGGGGAGGAAGGGGGGAUAGGGUGGUCUGCUUGGUUGGCUAGAGAAGAGGGGUAUGGGAUGGGGGGAGAGGGAGGGGGACAGGGAGGGGGAGGUCAUGGGAAUGGUGAGGGGAAGGAGGGUGAAGAGGAGGAAGAGGAGGAGGAAGAGGAGAAUGAGGAGGAGGAGGAGAAAGGGGGUUGGACUGGAUGGCAUGAGAUUGUGAGGAAGGGAGAGGGCGGGGGAAAGAAGGUUGUGGGGGAGGGAGAGGAGGAGAAGGAGGGGGAGGAGGGUAAGGGAGAGGAGGCAGAGGAGGGAGAGAAGGGAGAGAAACAAGGGGACAAGGAUUCAAAUGGAGAGGAGGAGGAGGAAGAUGAGGAGGAUGAAGAAGAGGAAGAGGAGGAUGAGGAUGAGGAGGAGGAGGAGGAUGAGGGUGUGCUAGAGGCAGAGGUAAUGGAACGAAUUAAAGCGGGGAAGGACGGGACAGGUGCUGGCGCUGGUGGCGGUGCUGCUGACGUGGCAGGCGAGGAUUGGGUGAAGGAUCCGGGUGUGUGGCAGCGGUGGGCAGCUGAGGAGAGGAGGAGGGAGAGUAGGCAAUGGCAACCAAUGCGAGCAGACAAGGGGAAAAGAGAUGACGAGCAAGCAGCAGAAGAGGACGAGGAGGAGGAGCUAGAGAGGGUGGUGGAGUAUGAGGAUAGCGUAACGAAUUCUGUCAGUGGCACCGCUACAGGCGGCACUGCUACAGCCGGCACUGCUACAGCCGGGGAUGGCACAACAGCAGGGAAGAAGAGAGGGGGCACAGCAGCUGCCAUACAAGCCGUGGUGGAGCGAGCGAGGGGCAGAGAGGCUGGUGCCACACACUCUGCUACACAUGCUGCUGCUGCACCUACUGCUACUGCUACUGCUUCUGCUGUAAAUUGUCAGCCAGCAGUGUCAGAACCGCACCUGCUUCUCGGCCAUCCUGAUUGGCCGAUGGCAAAUUCCUGCUUCAACCAAUCACCACCAGCAGCAGCAGGCGAGCAGUCAGCAGCAGCUAAGGCGGUGAGAGCAGCCAAGACAGAGGUGAAGAGGCUGUUAAAGACGAGGCGGCAGGACCUGGGUCUGUGGGCCGCCUAUGCCCGGCUCGAGGCGGAGAGCGGCAACCUGGAUGCUGCCAGGAAGGUUCUCGACACUGCACUCGCUUCCGUUGCUGCUCUUCCCAAGGCCGCAGCUGAAGCCACGCCUCUCCUUGUGCUCGCAUACACCCACAUCGAGCUAUCGCCAACCAAUCACUCCGCCAACCAACACCAGCGUCCCUGGCAGCAGCAAGGGCGGCAGCAGAGCAGAAAGGGGCGUCUGCACUGGUCUAUCAACCAUCACUGGUCUUCCCUCCACACUCUCGCCUCUUUCGCCGCAUCUGCCCCUUUUUCUUCCCCCCCGCCACUCCCUCCGCAACUCGACCCAUCUGGGUUGAAAGAGAGCGGGCGAGUUACCAGCCCCUCCUCCUCUUGGGCAGCUUGUGAAUAUUUUCCUCAAGCUGCCCUAAUACGCGCGCGGGCAGGGUUCCACUUGAAGCUGCAAGAAGCAAAGAAAGUCAUUGUGGCUUCAGCUGCUGCCACCGCCGCCGCCACUGCUUCAGCAGCUAUCCCCACGUCCUCCACCACCCCCCCUUCUGCCCCCCGUGGUGCUGCCUCUACCCUACCUUGGAGCAACGGUGCCAUUGGCAGCACUAGCAGCAGUGGCAGCACAUGCGCCGGGGGACCCACACAGGAGGAGAGAAACAGGGCAACGGCAGCGGUGGCUGUGGUGCUGUGUGCGAGUCUGUUUGAGCUCCUGGCCGCGCCAUCCCUCCCUGAAGGGGUUGCAGCCGCUGCUGCAGUGAUGGAUGGGUGUACUGCUGCUGUGCUGCCGGGCCGCCGUGCCUGCUGUCUCCCACUAGAGAUGCUGUUUGAGAGACAUGCCUCGCUGCUGCUGCACGCCCUGCCAGCCAUCAGGAAUAGCAGGUGCGGAGAGGCGGGUGUGCUUUGCGCAGCCAUCUGCCUUCCUUUCUCCCCCCCCUCCUUUCUUUACCCUCACUCUUCCCCCAAUUUUCUUCCCCCCUCUCCCCUUCCAGCCAUCCCGCCACAGCAGGUGCGGAGAGUGGUGCUGCAGGGUUUGAAGGAGUUCCCCAGCAACACGCACCUCCUGGGAAACUUCCUGCGGCUAGAGUCACGCAGUGCAUUCACCAACAGCAUCCGGCGCUUCUUCGACCAAACCACCGCCAGGUCAGCAAUGCCACUUCAGCAGCCAGUCUCCUGGUUGAGUCGUUAUGUACCCCAAACGUCCAACCCACCACCCACUCGCACCAACUACCCUCUCCCUCCCCUGCAGACUCUCCCACCCCUCACCACUCCUCUGGCUGAUCAGUCUCCUGGGAGCCCGUCCACGUGUGCGCGGCUUACUGGAGCGGGCGCUCGCCAGCUCAGCGCAGGGGAGUGGGCAAUGCGUGCUGAUGUGGCGGCUGUACAUUGGCUAUGA